AUGGUAUUUGGAUUGACCAAAAAGGAACAUAGGGUCCCGGACCUUUCGAGGUACGAUUAUUACUACAGAGACAAACAAAAUGGUGAGAGGAAUCCCCAGCUAUCGGCAGCUGCAGCUUACGCUGCAUCUACCGGUUUGGCAACUCACGGGGCUACUGGAAGGUCUCAGCAGCCAGGAAGGGCGCAGUCAAUGACGCAUAGUGCUGGAUAUCAGAGUGCUCAGUAUAAAAAUAGGGUUCCUGAUCGUGUUCUUUCCGUGGGUGCCAUGAAUAGCAGUAGAAACUCUGGUGUUGUUCCGAACUACAGGACGUACUCUUUGAGAUCUCAAUCGUCCGGUCAACCGGGACAAGGUAGAACAAGUUCUAUUGCCUCUUCAAACAAAUAUAACAGACGUAACUUACCCGUUUCGGUUAACUCCAAUCCGAGUAAUGGAUCAAGAGCCAAUUCUAUAACAGUCAAGACAACCGAAGUGAAAGAUCCUCAUGGAAGAACUCAGUCCAUCACAAAAAGAACCAUUAAAAGGGUUAAUGGAUACGAAUAUGUAGAAACUACAACAACUACAACGCAAGCAAUCCCCCUUGUUGAUUCAAACAGGCAUUUUGAUGAGUUUAGUGGCAACUUUAUCUUGCAGGAGAACGGAUUAGAUGAGCUUUCGGAGGAGGACGAUUCGCACAGUACAGCACCUGCCGUUGGUCAUGCAUAUGCAGCACUUACAGAACCCCGAAAUUCAUCCCAAUACGAUGCUGAAUUACAGCUGUCAGAUGGAGAAGUACCGUUGGAUCAAACCAGCAGUAUUUCUGCAUUUUCAGAUGCUUUGGAAUACCCACCUGGUGAGAGGAAGAGAAAUGGCAAAAAAACUAUCAGAAACAAGGUACAACGAUCAGCAGCACCAAAAAAAAAAGCUGACAGCCAUUUAAAAAAAAAAAGGGCCACUCAAAGUCACCCAAUGACUGAACAGGAGAUGUAUAACAAAGCGCUUGCUGUGGCUCAACAAAAGGUUUAUAGCCAGAGCAAUUAUUCCGGAAAUAUUCCUGUCGAAAAGAACAACCGAAUGAGCACUUUAGGACAGAGAAAUCUAAGAGAAGAACCGCGCGUUACGGGUAAAGCACCAACUACUGGUGAAAAUUCAAGAAGAGGUUCAAAAAAAAUAAGUGGAUUCUUCAACAAGAAUAAUAAAGGCGAUGAUUCACCAAUAGAGAAACCGUCUCCUGCUGUAAAAGCAAUCACUGAGCUAAACAACUCAUCCAGUAGACUCAUUGCUGACGAUGAAAUGUACGCGCAGGCAUUGGCAAUCGCGCAAAAUAAGUAUAACAAGCAGCAUGCAAUUGAAACAGUCCCUUCUGUUCAGGUGGAGGAUAAUUUAUCGCAACCACAUGCUCGAGUUCCGCAAAAACAUGCUCAGGCAACCCAAACAAAACCUCCAACUCAAAGUACACAAAAUUUACCGGGGGUGCAAUCUAUGCGUGAGGACAGGCAAGACCUGGCUGAAAAACUAUCAGGGGCUUCGCACGAGACGAACGACAAUUCCAGAAAUCUUUCCAUUGAAGAACAAGACUCGCAAGUAUUCGAAACGCAAAAUGGUACCACUGCAACAAAGACAACAACGGCUUCAGAUGUGCUUCAAGUGCAAGAGCCAAUUUCAGUGACGGAAACCUUAAAGAAAAAUGAAAGUGGUGAACGUAAAUCAAAACUCAAAAAUGUGUUUGAUAAAAUUAAGCAGUUUUCCGCUGAAAAUAGCGGUUACCAGCCACCAAAGAGGGAGAAACAGCUUGCAAGUGCGAAUUCCCCAUCCGCCGCUGCUCCCACUCCUUCGGGGCAAAGGUCUUCGUUUCAAAGAACCACCGUGCCAGAAAUAGGGCAACAAGCAUCGACCCACGCAAUCGGGCAAGAAAAUGAAAACAUGGCAAAUAACUCCGCUGAAAAUGGAUCUGGUUUAUCCAAACAGAAGGGCAAGAAAAACUUCAUUUCAAAACUUUUUAAUCGUUCUUAA